AGGCUGCAGGAGGAGACGUGUCUUACUCUCACAUUAUCUCGGACAGGCAGCGGGGGUAACAUGGGAGAAAAGGCCGACGUGCAGAUGGCACAGAACCCAUUUGAACCUUAUGUGGAAUCUCUUCGCCAGCAACUGGAAGAGCAGGACCCGGUGUUUCUGAUCGGAGUCGUCGUCGCUUUAGCGGUUGUUAUCAUCACCUUCGUUUUUCUGAAGUACUUCCUCACCAGUAAGACAGUCAGGAGUGCUGUGCUACUGGUCGGACUGUGCGACUCCGGGAAGACGCUUCUCUUCAGCAGGCUGCUGUCAGGAAAGUUCAAGCGGACGCAGACCUCCAUCACUGACAGCAGCGCUCCUUACAAAGCCAAAAAUGACAGGGGCAGCACCUGGACUCUUAUUGACCUGCCAGGACACGACAGCCUUCGCCCUCAGUACUUGGAGAAGUUCAAGUCUGCAGCCAGAGCGAUCGUGUUUGUGGUGGACAGCGCUAUUUUCCAGAAGGAAGUGCGAGAUGUGGCGGAGUUCCUGUACAACUUGUUGACAGACCCGGUGAUCUCCAGAAACACUCCAGCUGUUCUGGUAGCGUGUAAUAAACAAGAUGUCACCAUGGCAAAAUCAGCUAAACUGAUUCAGCAGCAGCUGGAAAAGGAACUGAACACAUUACGAGUGACUCGCUCGGCUGCCCUCAGCUCCCAGGAUGGCUCUGUGGGCCGCAGUUUGUAUCUGGGUAGGAAAGGAAAAGACUUUGAGUUCAGCCAACUUCCCCUGAAGGUGGAGUUCCUGGAGUGCAGCGCCCGUGGCAGCAAGGGUGAAGAGGGGGAUGCAGACGUUGAGAAGCUGGAGAGGAGCCUGGCUAAACUGUAAAAUCAAAGACUCAACAUUCUCAGUGUUUUCCUCAGAGACGCGGACCUCAGAUUGGGUCACCACAACAAUCAAAGGUUGGAGUAACUGGAUUAGACUGUGCUGUCAUUUACCACAGAUUGAUAGAGGUGGAGGACCUUUAGGAGCAUAUUCAGUAACACACGGACUGAAUGUAAUAAACAAUGUAGCUGAUUGUCACGUUGCUGUGCAGUGUUGCGGCUUCAUCCGUGUAGAAACAUACUCUCUGUCCUAAAGAUGCUUUAUUUGGCUUGAUAUCGAGCUUUGACUAAAAUUGGAAAAAAUGUAGUUUUACAGUUAAAGGCAACAAUAUUAUAGAUCUGCAAGAAUUCAUAGAUUUGAAACAUCUCGCUAAUGUGACAUAGAAGAUGCUGUUCACAACAAAGUAUGACGUCUUUGAUUCAAUACCUCCAGCAGUCAGCUUUGUGCCUUUUCUCUGCUUUCCUUAUAGAAGUGUUUUUCUUUGCAGAAGCAUGGUUUAUUUGUGUACAAGUGGAUGCAAUGCAUGUUCAAUGAAUGGAAGAAUUUGCUGUUGUCACAAAGAAUAAAAUCUUGUGUUUGUA